AUGCAAAAGGCAAUUGUCAAUGGACUGAACGGAGGAAGAUCGCAUCACGCUGCGUCGUCGGCGUCUUCCGCCAGUGGGUCCGGCUCGGGCUCCAGCAAACACGUUGCCAUAAAGAUCAUCGAAACAGACAAAAUCCGGGAGGAGUACGUCCGUAAGAACCUCCUGCGAGAGGCCCAGCUAAUGCGGAGACUGCGCCACCCAAACAUCAUCAGAUUGUACGAGACCAUGAAGACCAGCAACCUCUACUGUCUGGUGAUGGAGGUGGCGGAGGGAGGAGAGCUGCUGUCUCACGUCAGAAACGACUUCAAGGAGAAGAGACUUUCAGAGGCGACCACACGACCAUUCAUCAGACAACUGGUGUCUGCUCUUCAUCAUCUCCACUCUGCUGGAAUUGUUCACAGGGACUUGAAGAUGGAGAACAUUAUGUUGGACAGAAAGAUGAAGACAGAUUUUGGACUGAGUAACGCGCAGGCCCCGGGGAGCCUCCUCCAGACGCACUGCGGGAGCCCGGAGUACGCGGCCCCAGAGCUGUUCAUCCCCGGCAGAGAGUACGGUCCAGAGGUCGACGUCUGGAGUCUUGGAGUCAACAUGUAUGCCAUGCUGGUGGGGAAGCUCCCGUUCAGAUCGCCUCGUCAGGGCUCCAAGAAGAGACAGAAACUGCUAGAACAGAUCCAGGCCGGCUUGACCGAGAGCAGGGAGAAAGACAUGAGUCACGUGACACCCGAGGGAAAGGAUCUGAUUGGGAAGCUUCUACAGCCCAAGUCACAGGAGAGGAUCAAGCUGAUGGAGGUGAUGAACCAUCCAUGGAUCACUAAAGAUGGAGCUCAUCCUCUUCAUCCAUACAAGUACACACUCCCUGACCAGGCCACCCAGAAAUCUGUGAUGGAGCUAAUGUCGUCAUUUCUGGAGGUGAGUCAGUCAGAGAUCAAGGAGGCCGUGAGGAGAGAUCGCUGCGACUGGAUGGCCUCCAUCUACAAUCUCCUCAUCGACCAGCCCGAUGGAAGAGUUGUUAUGCAGAGACUGUUGUCAGCGGGACCUGAGGAGGCGCUGGUGGACGCGGCCCACUACCAGGGGACCAUGGAGCACUUCAGACUCUCCCAGGACCCCACCCUCCAGCCCGAGACCACACCCCCUGAGGUGGCCCAGGCCCUCACUGCUGCCGUUGCCGGGGGAACACACUCACGAGCAGGCCACAGGCACAGCAUUGCUGGAGACCCACGAAGCAGCUACCCCUCCUCCACACUGCCUCUGCCCAGACAUGAGAAGAGGCGGCAUCGAGACAACAUCACAUCGCCACAGCAACAGCCUCAGUCCCUGGGUCCAGUUCAGCCUCCACUGAGGAGGAUGUCAAUUGGAGGAGCUCAGAUCGUGCCCAGCUAUCCUCACGAGAAGACCCCCGGUCUCAGCCAACCUCUCCCACCAUCUCACCCUCCGCCCAGUGGAAAGGGAGGGCGGAAGCUACCUCCCACGCCCAGCGAGGCUCCCUACCAGCCACACCCACUUCCUCCCCAAAACUCCGCCCACCACUUCCAUCAUCACACCGGUCGUCCACAUUCCAGGGCGGAGUCGGAACCAAAUCCUCUCCCUCUCCCCUGGAGACCGUCUCUCGUACAGAAAUAUCAGCUCUCACGAGAAGAAAACGAAGGGGCACCCCACAUAAAACCGCUCAACACUUCUUCUCUUUCGCGACAUCACACGUUUACCGAAGGUGGGAGCAGUAACCAUGGCAACCCGACACAUUUGAUAUCCCCACUCAGUCAAAUGGGCGGGGCUUUGUCUUCGACCAAAAAGCUCAAGAGGAACAAACCGAGCUAUGGAGAGAGGUUGCUGCGUCCUGUUAGACCAAUUUCGACCGGUGGGGCACUAGACAAAAGAACAUCUGCCUCAGUUGAUACAAAUCUCGAUAUGAGAGGAGGGGGGCAGGAUUACGCAACUCCCCCACUUGUUGGACGACUUGACGGCGAUGCGAGAGGUCACAGAGGUCAGGUGGGUCCUCGUGUUGACCACACCCACACUCAGCCGCACGCCAGCUGGGCAAACUACCGAGUCGGCUCUCUUCCUAGAAGGAGUCGCGAUAUACAGGCUCUUAUGCAGAUGGGCCAACCAAUCACCUCGCCCUACAACUCUGUGCAGGAUAUAUCAGUGAGUGGAGGGUUAGACGGAGGAGCGAAGGGAUCUAUUACUAGUGUCGACAUAAAAUCAGAGCUGUUCAGUGGUGGGCGAGGGGGAGGGAAAGGAGGCGAGGCCUGGGGGCACGACGGAACAAGGAUUUCGCCAUACGGGAGUAGGGCUGGAUCAGGGUAUGCUAAUAGGAGGGUCUCCCCCUAUGGAAGUACGGGAACAUCGCCAUUUGGAAGUACGACGGUAUCGCCGCACGGAAGUCGCGCCGUUUCACCUCGUCAGAGUGCAGUUAUUUCUCCACUUCCGGACCCAGCUGGGGCAAAGGUCAUUUCUCCCAUCCACUCUAGAGUGAUUGGGAGGCCGGUCGAGAACCUUGGGGAAUUCCCCAAAUCCAAGAGACGACAUCAUCGUCGGAGUAUUUCGGCCAAUCCUGCUAACAACCCCCCGAGUCUGGACUAUUACACCCACGAAGUCAACGGAUUAGACCACCCAGGGAUUCCAAAUGGAGAGCACCCACCGCACCGCGAUCGCCAUGGUUACGUCAAACCUCCCCACCACCUCCUCCCUGUGGCGAAUGAUUCCUCAGAGGUCAGAAGGUCAUCGGCGGGGAAGAAUCGAAACCACACCCACCCAGGAACGAGAGAUCAGUAUCCAGAGGAGCAAUCUCAUUUGACAGAAUUAUGAAACUUGUUUUGAUCCCAUUUUAUCACUUGUUGAUGUUUUUUAUCCAGCAAUUUGUUCCCUAUCUUUUCUACAGUAUAAUAAUAUGUACAAAACCUUUUCUUUAAAACUACAGUGAUCAUAAUUAUAUAUAAUACCCACACAUAAUACAGGAGAUAAUACCAUCCCUAUAUACUAAGUACUACCGUACUUAGUGAUUAAGGAGUAGUUGCUUUAAAACUGUACAAAACAUGGCAGUCGCAUGCACAAAGGAGGUUUGAUGAAGGAGGUUAUCUGAGGUUUUCUCUAACAGUGGAUGCUAGCUCGCCAACGACUCCCAUUUCUUCGAGAACCGUAACCAGUGUCUCCCAUGAGCGCGGAGCCCUUCCCGUACCCUGCAACCAUCUGGAGAAUAUCUUCUGAAGGAUUGCAUCAGGUCUUCCCAGUUCCGACUGGAACAUGGCGUCAGUUAUUUCCCCCCUCUCGUCGUCCAGGAGAAAUAUGCCAAACAUGCGAUGAUUGGGUCCAAUGCACGUGAUGAUAUUAAAGUGCCCGCCGGACUUUUUCGGAAAUCGCAUCAGUUUUGGUAAUGUCGGAGUAUCUGAUCGCGCAGGACCCGUGGGAGAUGCCGGUUCUACUUGUGUGAUGGUCGGUCUCGAUGCAGAGCACGUUUGAUCUCCUUGAGACGUCAGCAGCAGGGAAGACAGUGAAGAUGGAGAAGAGGAGGGAUGUGAGGAAGGAGAGGUGCAGUACUGGGCUUCAAUUUCGAUUGCUAGACGAGGG